GGCCUUUUCUUGUGUCCUGUUUGUUAAAGGCAUGCCGGCUUCAGCAUUCAAGAAGGCCAGUCUUUAACAAAGGGAAAGAGAUCAGUGUAAAGAAGCUCACAUUUGCAGAAUGAGCGGUUUGCAGUAAGAAGCUGCGGCAGCCCAGAGUCUGUUACUUUGGGCUGGGCUAACCUUUCCCUGUUUAAAAAAAAAAAAUGGAUAAAAAUAUGCACUUCCAAAGUGCGAGUUGCCCGUUUACAUGUUUGCUAGCUAAUUGUCUGCAGGCAUGAGCACACUCUCUCAUCUAGCACACUGUUUCUUGGGGAGGAAGGCAUUCCCUACCAGUCCCUAGUUUCAAAGUGGUGAAUCCCUGCUGCCAGCAGGCUUCUUCAGAAAAAUCCAUGGGUGACAGAAGAUUCAUUGACUUCCAGUUCCAAGAUUUAAAUUCAAGCCUCAGACCCAGGUUGGGCAAUGCUACUGCCAAUAAUACUUGCAUUGUUGAUGAUUCCUUUAAGUAUAAUCUGAAUGGUGCUGUCUACAGUGUUGUAUUCAUUCUGGGUCUAAUAACCAACAGUGCCUCUCUGUUUGUCUUCUGCUUCCGUAUGAAAAUGAGAAGUGAGACUGCUAUUUUCAUCACCAAUCUGGCUCUUUCUGAUUUGCUUUUUGUCUGUACUCUACCUUUCAAAAUAUUUUAUAACUUCAACCGCCAUUGGCCUUUUGGUGAUACCCUCUGCAAGAUAUCUGGGACUGCAUUUCUCACCAACAUCUAUGGAAGCAUGCUAUUCCUCACCUGUAUUAGUGUGGAUCGUUUCCUGGCCAUUGUCUAUCCUUUUCGAUCUCGCACCAUAAGGACCAGGCGGAAUUCUGCCAUUGUAUGUGCUGGAGUCUGGAUCCUAGUCCUCAGUGGUGGUAUUUCAGCUUCUUUGUUCUCUACCACUAAUGUCAACAAUGCAACUACCACCUGUUUUGAGGGAUUCUCUAAACGUAUCUGGAAGACUUACCUGUCCAAGAUCACCAUAUUUAUUGAAGUUGUUGGGUUCAUCAUUCCCCUGAUAUUGAACGUCUCUUGCUCUUCUGUGGUGCUGAGAACUCUCCGUAAGCCUGCUACAUUGUCUCAAAUUGGGACUAAUAAAAAGAAAGUGCUGAAGAUGAUCACAGUGCACAUGGCAGUCUUUGUGGUAUGCUUUGUACCUUACAACUCUGUUCUCUUCCUGUAUGCCCUGGUGCGCUCCCAGGCCAUUACUAAUUGCUUGUUGGAAAGGUUUGCAAAGAUAAUGUACCCAAUCACACUGUGCCUUGCAACUCUGAACUGUUGCUUUGACCCUUUCAUCUAUUAUUUCACCCUUGAGUCCUUUCAGAAAUCCUUCUACAUCAAUACCCAUAUCAGGAUGGAAUCCUUGUUUAAGACUGAGACACCUCUGACCACAAAGCCUUCGCUUCCAGCUAUUCAAGAGGAAGUUAGUGAUCAAACAAAUAAUGGUGGUGAACUAAUGCUAGAAUCCACAUUCUAGGUACGAGAAUUGUCUUCACAUCCGGACAUGG